AUGCCUUCAAGCAGCCAAGCACACGCCGACCAUAUCGGCUCCCUCUUACGGCCCCAAUACCUCCUAGACGCCCGAGAAAAGAAAAGUCUCAGCGCAAGCGAGUUGAAGGAACUCGAAAAUAAGGCUAUUGAUGGAGCAAUUGAGUUACAACGGUCAAUUGGUUACCAAUCAUUCACCGAUGGAGAAUACAGACGUCACAUGUUCUAUGACGGGUUCUUUGACAACCUUAAUGGCAUGGAGGAAGUCGCCAAACCACCCCGUGCGAUCUUCAAGGAAUAUGUUCCAGACCUUCAAGCUUUCCUAGCACAGGGUAUCGAACCCGCCGGUACAUGCCUCUGCACUGGAAAGAUCAGCCACAAAGGUAAUAGUAAAUAUGUUCAAGAAUUCAACUACAUAAAAGGGAAAUUGGGCGAUGGGGAGAAAGUAAAAAUGACCUUAGCUGCACCAGAGUGGUUCCACCUCCGUCAUGGCGAACACGCAUACUCUAAAUCUGUCUACGCUUCCAACGCCGAAUACUUCGCCGACAUCGCCGCCGCCUAUCGGUACGAACUCUCACUCCUCUACGAUGCCGGGUGCCGAAACGUACAAAUCGACGAUCCACUUCUAGCAUAUUUCUGCGCGCAAUCAAUGUUAGAUGGCAUGGCCGCCGUCGGCGAGUCCGCAGAGAAACUACUAGAUGAAUACAUAAAACUCUACCAAGACUGUUUGAAGGAUCGAAAACCGGAUAUGACUGUAGGUCUUCAUAUCUGUCGCGGAAACUUCAGGAAAUCCAUUCACUUUUCCGAAGGUGGGUACGAGCAUAUUGCCAAGAAAGUGUUUAAGGAAAUUCCUGCGGAUGUGUUUUAUCUUGAGUAUGAUACUCCUCGUGCUGGCACCUUUGAGCCGUUGGCGGACGUGCCGAAGGAUAGAAAGGUGGUGUUAGGUUUGGUUACCAGCAAAUUUGCAGAGCCAAUGGAGGAUUUGGAAGAGUUGAAAGCGAAGGUUAUGGAUGCUGCUAGAAUUAUGGCGAAAGGCAGUGGGGAAAGUGAACAGGAUGCGCUGAAGAGAAUUAGCGUCAGCCCCCAGUGUGGAUUUGGCAGCCACGAAGAAGGAAAUGCGAUUGAUGAAGCUGGGAUGAAGAAGAAACUUGAGCUGGUAAUGGAAUUAGCAAAGAGUGUCUGGUAA